AUGAAAAUAGUUGAGGGUCGAGGUUUCGACAAAUUUGGCAGUAGAACACUGAAUUGCCUACAUGAUGAGGCGACGGAACGGACCAGCAAACGUAGCCGGAAGACCGGCAGGACGACAAGCAGCAUCUUGGCACAACGGACAGAGUUGGCCCUGCAACUACUUGAGGAGGAAAAGGCGCUGAUCAAGAGGAAUCGUGAACGAGAGGACGAGUUCCUCAAAAAGGAAGCGGAAAAGCAGAGGAAGAGAGGGGAGGAAGAUGCCAAGCUGCUGAAGCAGAAACAUGACCUGUUGAAGUCGUUGGAGGACGGAAAUGGGAGUAUCAGAAGCGGAAUCAGCAGCAAUGCAAGUCGAAGGCGUGUACAGGAAUGGCUCGGAGCUAAUAGUGGCGGAUUGGUACCGGUCACUGGCCAGCAACAGAAGUCUAGACCUACAGCCCAACUAUCCGCUAUUCCAUCAGAGACGUCAGCACUUCCCAUGAUGCCACUGCUGAAGUCUGGUGCCGACGUACUUCCCAACCAAGAUGCGGAGGGGAGUACCAUCGUUCCCAAAAUCAACGUCAACACCGCAAAAAACAUUAAUGUGGGCCACCCUAAUAUGCAUGUUGCAGAUCUGGUGGAGCACUUGCGCAAUCCAAUGUUGGUGCAAGAGCUGGUCGAGAGGCUGCCACCACAAAUGCGAAUGCAGUGGUCUUGGUACAAACGCUCGUUUCCAGACGUCAACCUGGCGACGUUCGGUGAUUUCAUGACGGAGUUAGUGAAGACAGCGACAGAUGUUACGAUGCCCAGAGAUGUUUCAAUGCAGCAGGGCAAGUCUGUCAAAACAGGACGAGAGAAGCAGAAUCUAUACGUCUACACGAAGGCUGAUAACGGCCAAUUAGCAGCAACGAUGACGAAAGAACCGGAGAUUGUAAAGAGGUCGUGCGCUUACUGUUCGGACGACGGUCACGAAGUAGCACGAUGCCCUCAGUUCAAGGCAUUAGAUCUGGAUGGGAGGUGGAAGGCGAUACGAGCAAAGGGGCUUUGCCGAAUAUGUUUGAUUCCGCAUCGCAGGUGGCCGUGCCGUUCGAGCAAGGAGUGUGGAGUAGAUGGUUGCCGUUUUCGUCACAAUGCUUUGCUACAUUCACGGGCAGUGACGGAGUCAGCCGCUGCUCAUCCAAAGCCCAGCGAAAACGUCACGCGACAGAAUCAUCAUUCUGCGACGAAAAUUUCACUGUUUCGCUAUCUACCAGUAACGCUUGAAGCGAACGGAAGAAAGGUCGAAACUUUCGCAUUUCUUGACGAUGGAAGUGAGUCUACGUUGAUGGAGGCCGGACUAGCACAAGAGUUGGACAUCGUCGGCCCCGAAGAAUCUCUCUGGCUUUCCUGGACCGGGAACAUAUCUCGGGAAGAGAAGGGUUCACAACGAAUCUCAGUUGCUAUCUCGGGAACUGGACUCAACAGUCAAUACCAGCUGAGCAACGUACGUACGGUGCAGAAGUUGAAACUACAAGGUCAAUCGUUCCAAUGCUCACUACCUCUAAAGGUGCGAGAAGGCAGAGCCAACGAACCAGUUGCGGCGAAGACGCGGCUUGGCAGGUGCGUGUACGGGAAACAGGUCGACGGUAACAAUGCUGUAACGCGGCUACAUGUGCAUUCAGAGGAACACCGGAACCGUAAGCUGCAUGAGCUGAUGAAGCAGUACUUCAGCAUCGAGGAGGCGGCGGUAGCUACUCCGUUAGAGUCGGAAGAAGAUAAACGGGCUCGCACAAUUCUGGAGAGAACAACAAGAAGAGUCGACGGUUGCUUCGAAACUGGGCUCCUGUGGAAGUAUGACCGACCGUCGUUCCCAAACAACUAUCCACUUGCGGUGCGCAGGAUGCAGUCAUUAGAGAAGCGACUGGCCAAAGAACCAGGCCUCAAAGAACGUGUGAAUGAUCAGAUAGCAGUGUACGAGUCAAAAGGAUACGCCCACCGACUAACACAGGAGGAAGUUGAGACAACAAACCCGGAUCGUGUGUGGUACCUGCCGCUCGGCAUCGUGAGGAACCCGAAGAAGCCACAGAAAAUCCGCCUGAUUUGGGACGCUGCAGCUCGAGUCCACGGCGUUUCGUUCAAUGACAUGCUCAUCAAAGGACCAGACAUGCUGACGUCACUGUUCACGGUUCUGCUACGGUUCCGUCAGCGAUCAGUUGCCGUGUGUGGGGACAUACGAGAGAUGUUCCACCAAGUUCGGAUCAUCCCACAAGACAAGCAGUCGCAGCGGUUCCUCUAUCGUGAUCAUCCAGAUCAGCCCCCUCAGGUCUUCGUCAUGGACGUGGCAACGUUCGGUGCGACGUGUUCGCCGAGCUCCGCACAGUUCGUCAAGAACACUAACGCCCAGAGCUUCGCAUCGCAAUUCCCAAGAGCCGCAGAGGCGAUCGUAAAUGCCCAUUACGUCGAUGACUACCUUGACAGUGUAGAUACGAUCGACGAAGCGGUCAAAUUGGUGAAAGAUAUAAAGUUCGUUCACGCUCAAGGUGGUUUCGACAUCCGGAACUUCUUGUCCAAUUCGGCAGAAGUAUUACAACGUCUGGGCGAGACCGAGAACGUGAAGGAGAAAUCAAUGAUUCUGGAUAAAUUUCCGGAUAUGGAGCGUGUUCUGGGGAUGGUAUGGAAACCAACGGUUGACGUGUUCACCUUUGAUACCACUCUGAAAGAUGAUCUCACGACGCUACUGGUAGCAGGAGACACGCCCACAAAACGACAGGUGUAG